AUGGCCACGCACGAUGUUGGUGUUACUCUUCGCAAGAGUAGGGUGAGCAAGCCCAUGCUGAAGUUGAAGCUUUUGCAAGCGAUGACUGGUGGUUCUUUCAAGGAGUUGCAUGAUAUGUUGCAGAAGGAGUUUGUUCCGUAUGAUGACCCUAGUGUCAUGGAGGUUUCCACGCUAUUGCUGCACUAUGCGGUCCAGGUUGCUCCUAUUGCGCUGAUCAAGGAGAUAGUCAGGGACUAUGUUGUACGUGACCCGUUCCACUUGGGGUUGCAUAAGACACCAGAAGGUGAUAUUACUGUGAAUUUGAACAUAAACUACAGGGACUAUAACGGUAACACGCCGUUACAUUUGGCUGCAUCGCAGUCCAGGGUUGAUGUUGUUAAUUUCUUGAUGGAGUUGCCUGACAUUAACGAUACAAUUGUAAAUAAUGCAGGUCAGGAACCGAUCGAUAUGUGUAAGACUCUGGAUAUUGUAGCUGCAAUGCAGAACAAGAGAGACGAAUAUGUGUCUCAGGUUGCGCAGGAUCUUAGAGAUGCCUUUGACAGAAGAGAUUUUGACAAGUUGGAACAAAUUUGGAAAAUACAGAGAAACGAGGAACUACUCGAUAUUAACGGACUUGAUCCUACCUCAGGCGACACUGUACUACAUGAAUUCGUUAAGAAGAAAGAUGUACAGAUGUGCAAAUGGCUAGUUGACCAUGGGGCAGAUCCACUACGGAGAAACGCAAAGGCUCUGUUACCAAUUGACUUGCUUGGCCCUACCUCACCAAGUAAACACCAGGGCUCUUCCUCUGAAUUAAGAAACUACAUAGAGACAGUCACAAGAGACAGAAAUGUCGUCAACGUCUCAGAGACCGAUCAUCAAACCCAUGCCCCAACUUACAAAGGCCAAUUGAAAAAAUGGACUAACAUAGCGAAGGGUUUCCAGACACGAUGGUUUGUGCUCUCUGAAGAUGGAUAUUUAAGAUAUUACAAGAACAGGCCAAAGGAAGGCAGUUCUCCUCGUGAUAAAGUUCAUUUAUCUAAAUGUCGUCUUUUCUCCAAUAGCCAUGAAAAGGUCAAAUUUGAGCUAUUGAUUGGCGACCAGGGUAGAUGGAGACUAAAAGGUACUAAUCCAGCUGAGGCAAAGAAAUGGAUUGCCGCUAUCCAAGCAGGUAUAAGUUACGCAAAUGCAAAACACUCACAGAAACAACCUUCCAAUAGAUCCGUUAUUUCGGGUAGCGCCAAUGAAGGCCAAUCCAGAAGUGCUCCAUCUCUACAACCUGCUAAACCAAAUAGAAGUCGUGCCAAUAGUUCUACGUCUCAAAGGAUUAGCCAAGUUCAAAAGGGAUUGAAACCCCCUGUCUUAGGAAUUUCAACUGAUCAUAGCAACUAUGGCAGUAACGCUAGUGAUGCAGAAAGUGUUGUUGGUAGCUUGAAUAUCAACACUAACAGACUGCGUCGUGACAUGUCUCCGUUGACCCCAAUGUCUAACUCUCUGAAUUCUCCAAUUUUGAAAGACGAAAGUUUUAACAGUCCAACCUUAGAGUCGCUAUUAGGUAAGGAUAAACUGAAUGCCAUUGAUCCAUAUGCCAAAGAUUCGGACGAAGACAUUGAUGAGAUAUUAGUGAAGCCCAUAGAUCCUGAUGAAGAAUACUUGAAAACGCAAUAUGGUCCAUUUAUUGAGAACCUUAAUGUAUAUAAGAAGACAAUAUCUAUGCAAUUGGCAUCUGUGUUGGAAGUAUUAGACACCGCUGACAUUUCCUCUUCCGACCUGUCGACUUUGAGAGGGACUAUCCAAAAUACUGUGGACACAUUCAACAACUUGGCCAAGUUGGGUGCUGAGAGAGACAGAAAGUUAGUUCAAAUAAUCACUAAGCAUAGAGAUGUCAACAAUGUAUGGAUUGACUCCGUCAAGGAGCUGGAACUAGAAUUAAACAAGAAAGAAGACCUGUUAGAAGCAUUAACAAAGGAGCGUAGACACUUAAGAAAGGAAUUAAACCAAGAGCUACAAGAAACCGCUGAUCAGGACAAUAAGAUGAUUAAAAGAGCUUCUACUGUAAUUUCCAGGUUCCUAAAUGUAACCAAAUCUGUUGUUGAGGAUGGCAACGGUGACGAGUUCUAUGACGCAGAAGAGUUGAUAGACGAAAUUGGUUCCAUUCCAGAUACCACCCCGGGCGAGAUGUCUGAGGCUAAAGAAAUGCGUGAGCAAAUAAAAACCAUGGUUCCAGAACAACCCGCUGAAAGCAAGGUCGAACAUGAAGAAACAUCUGAAAAGAAAGAGGUAGAACAGGCUGAAACUAAGCCAGCUCUUGAACAGAAAGCUAUCAGCAAAGAGCAAGAAAAGAUGGAAGCGAUCAAAGAGCAAACAUCCAAACCAACCGACGAAGAGAGUACUUUGCGAGAGACUGCGACUUCUACCGCUAGUGUCAAAGGUGAAUCGAACGAAAUAGAGCUGCAAAGAAAGCUGUUUGCCAGCUCGAAGAUGAAAUCCCAAACUGAGUCUCAGAAAGCGAAGGAGAAAUUGUUGUUGGAGGAAGGUUCAUUCUUUGGUUAUGAUGAAGGUGUGAGAAAGAGAUUGAAGCUGGAUGAAGAUGAUAGGCCUAAGAUCAGUCUGUGGGGUGUGCUUAAGUCCAUGGUCGGUAAGGAUAUGACCAAGAUGACAUUGCCUGUGGCGUUCAAUGAACCAACGUCUUUGCUGCAGCGUGUUGCCGAAGAUUUAGAGUACUCCGAAUUGCUGGACAAAGCUGUGCAAUUUGAGGACUCUACGCUAAGAUUACUGUAUGUGUCCAUCUUUACUGCGUCCGCGUAUGCGUCUACGACCAAGAGAGUUGCGAAGCCCUUCAAUCCGCUGCUUGGUGAGACAUUUGAGUACGCCAGACCGGACAAGCAGUACAGGUUUUUCGCGGAGCAAGUCUCUCACCACCCACCUAUCUCUGCCACGUACACCGAGUCCCCCCGCUGGGAUUUCUGGGGUGAGUCAUACGUCGACACGCACUUCAACGGUAGACAGUUCAACGUCAAGCACCUGGGGCUGUGGUACAUCAACCUGCUACCGAACAGCACUGACCGCAAGGAGCUGUACACGUUCAAGAAGCCCAACAACAACGUCAUCGGUAUCCUGGUGGGCAACCCGCAAGUGGACAACUACGGUGAGGUGGUGAUCACCAACCACACCACGGGCGACUACUGUAAGCUGUACUUCAAGGCGCGCGGCUGGCGUUCGUCGAGCGCGUACGAGGUGAAAGGUGAAGUGUUCGACAAGGACAACAAGAAGCACUGGGUGCUGGGCGGCCACUGGCACGACUCCAUCUACGCCAAGCACGUCAACGGCAAGGACAAGGACGAGAUAGCGCUGGACCACAAGAAGACGCACACCGCGACGGAGCCCACCCGCGACGGCAGCAAGUUCCUGGUGUGGAAGGUGAACCCUCGACCAGACGCUCCUUUCCACUUGACCCCAUUUGCCAUCACCCUGAACGCCCCACAGAAACACCUGAUCCCAUGGCUCGCACCCACGGACACCAGACUGAGACCCGACCAGCGCGCCAUGGAGGACGGCCAGUACGACCUCGCCGCCGAGGAGAAGCACCGCGUCGAGGAGAAGCAGAGAGCAGCCCGCCGCACCCGCGAGGAGCAGAACAUCCAGUACAAGCCGCUCUGGUUCACCAAGGAAACCCACCCGGUAACAAAGAAGCCAUACUGGAAGUUCCACGGAGACUACUGGCAGCAGCGUAAGAACCACCAGCUCAAGGGCAAAGCAGACAUCUUCUAG